AGUAUCCUAAAAGGAACGUAACAGUACAAGACGCGUUAAGUAGCAACCGGAAGCCACGCGUUCUUUAGCAUUUUUGAUUUUUAAUCACAUUUUUCCUAAAGCAUUUUUCAUUGCAUUUUCAGUUUUAUUUUUUGUUGAUUGUGUUGGUGCGCACAAAAGUAUGCAGUAGAAAAUAUUUCAAAAGGAUUAACAAAUCUCCUGAAGCAAGGAAAACAGGCUUUUUGCAACAUUUUCCAUAUUUUCCAUACGCCAAAGUAAAAGAAGCAGAAAAAAUAACAACUUUUCAUUUAAUUUCCGUGCAGUUACAUUUUCCUUCCGAAGGCAAUUUAUUUCAAAAAACCCAAUCAAUGGGCCAAACUUGGGGCACUGAAGAUAUUCGCUCUGUAAAUCUAUCUGUGCCGACUGUAAAUCUGUAGAUGCCAUGAAACAUUCAUUAACGUAAGCCCCAUGAAGCAUUGAAAUUAAUUAAAUUCCACUGGAAUACGAAAGUUUGCAACUUACUUUGAACAAAGAAAACGUUUCCGGAAUGCAUCAAGUGCUCAGCUAUGAAACGGCAGUACGUGCGAACAGUUCACGGGAGUUUCGGGAAUAUGUCACCAAGCGUACUUGUGUCAGUCUUGUCCUGACAAUUGCAUUCUUCACACUCAUUUCAGGAUAUCUUCUAGGAAAUUUUGUAUCGGAACGAAAAUAUCAUCUUAAUAAAUUAUUGCUGAAAAAUGCGGUUCCCAAGGAUAAUCAAAUAGAACUAAACAGUGAAGAUUAUACCAGCCUAAAAGAGAUACAUGCGUAUAAAAAAACGAAAGAAAUGCUAUUAGCAUCUGCUCAAGCGUUCACCAAGAAAAUGAUAGAAGACAAAGGCCUAUCAAGUUCGUUAAAUACACUGAUUUUUAAUAAAUACAUAUCGUGCACACAGGACAUACCGCCCAAUACUACAAUUGAAUCCAGCCAGUUUAUUGAAGAAUUGAUCGAUAAUACAGCUGCAAGACAAAGGGACUGUUUACGGAUUAUACAAGUUAUCAUUGACAACAAUAUGGGAAAUAUUUAAAGGAUACUUCGAAAUCGCUACAGAUCAAAAUGGAAAGAAUAUAGGCCAAAAAAAUAUUUAUAAUAAUGAUAACAAACUCGAACUUUUUAGAAAUCAUAUUAUUUUUUAUAACGACUUUUUAAGUAGAUAAACGGAGCAGAGUGGUAUAGAAGAGAAAAGGGUAGAGACAUUAUGUUUAUAUAUUAUAUACUUUUAAUUGAAAUACAUAAGAUUGAAUCUAAAAGAUUAGUAAUUAUAAGCCUGUAUUUUAUUUUAUGCAUUUAAAAUUUUCUAAUAUGGAUAUAUGAAAAAACUUAAAAUUUCUAAGUAUAUAGAUACUUAAAAAAUAAAAAUCAAUAAAAAAAUCAAUAUCAAUGUACACACUGAUUUAUUGACAUAUAGAAAAUAUCGAAAAAACAAUAAAAUAUAAUUAGAAUUGUAAUACCUACUGGAUGUUGUAAGUCAUUGUCUAUUGACCCGAUAUAACAUAACUAAAUUUUUUAUUACAUUAUAAAUGUAGUCUAUAUGUAUAACUUGUAUUUGUAUUUAAUUGAAUAAAACGUUUAUAGAUGUGAUGCA